CAAAUUUGAAGCUAUUACGAUUUUAUUUAGACUAAAACGAACUCUUAGUGCGGGAAAGUUAAAAGUUAAAAAAAUAAAAUAAAAAGAAACAAUAAAAAUAAAAAUCUUCAUCUGGAUUUUCUGGAAUUGAUCGAUGGCGAUGAUUUUGCUUGCUGUUUAUCUCAUUAAACUACAAGACAGAUCCGAACUGAACUGAACAAACUACUCUUCUUUCAUCCUAUCCAUGGCUGCAACGAUCUCGGUCUCAGCCUCUCUCAAUCUCUUCUCAGAUUCACAACCCUACAAAAGACUGCCCUUAAUUCUUUCACCCCCAAAUCUACAACAACCUUUCCUUUCUCUCCACAAAUCUUGCUAUUUCAACUCCAGAUUCUGUUUCUCCUCAAACUGCUCCUCCUCCUCCUCCUCCUCAACAACAGCAACAGAAACAGAAACAGAAACAGAAACACCAAGUGCUUCCACCACCUACUCCUAUAUUGAGGAUUCAUACAAAACAGGGAGGUUCUUGAGCAAUGAAGAGAUUGAAAAGCUAAAAGCACUUCAAGAUUUCAGAUGCUAUCAACAACUUGAAACUGGGUCUUUGUUGGUUAGGGUGAUGAAGCCGGGGGAGAUGGAUAUCACUGUUAAAUUGCUAGCAGAGUCAUUUGUUGAGUCUAUGUCGUUGCCUGUUGGUUAUGUGUCUUUGGUUUGCUACUUUGUGCAGCAGUACUUGACUGAAAGGCGAGCUGCAAUACCACAUGCCGUUACGCUUAUUGGGUUUUAUAAAGGGAAACAAGAGACGAAUGGUGGAGAAGAGGAGGAGGACCUCGAAGAGUUGGCAGGGACUGUAGAGGUUUGUUUUGACAAAAGGGGGGCUAAUGCUUCUCCUCCUACACCUACCCCUCCAAAAAAUGCUCCUUACAUUUGCAACAUGGCUGUUAAGCAGUCACAUCGUAGGAGGGGAAUUGGGUGGAAUCUUCUGAAGGCAAGCGAGGAACUAAUUUCCAAGAUGAGUAGUAUGCGAGACGUGUACUUGCACUGCAGAAUGAUUGAUUCAGCCCCUUUCAACAUGUACACAAAAGCAGGUUACAACAUCGUUAAAACUGAUAGCAUAUGGGUCCUUUUGAUGUUGCAGAGGCGCAAACAUUUGAUGUGCAAGAAACUUUUAGUCUCAAAGAAUCCUUCAGAACUCGAUACUUCAGGCUCCGAUAUGGAAUUUUCUUCACAAAUGGAUACAUGGAAGUCAUGACACCUGUUUCCGAGAUUUGGAUUCUGGUCCAGGUCCUUCAGGGUAUAGUCUGGCCAGGUUGUGGUGAUCAUCCAAUUAGGUUGGUUGAGGCCUGGAAUUCGAUCUGAUGGUCCAGCAUCUCCUUGCUUGUAAUUUAUCAUAUUCAUGGCGUAAACAUAUUGUGUUACAGAUUCCCAUGUUGCAGAUAUUCAUACACUAGAAACCUAUCCUUCCCAUCAGCACAAUAUCCAAUCAAGGAAACCAGAUUGGGGUGCUCAAGUCUGCUCAAGAUGUCAACUUCUACACGAAACUCCCGUUCCCCUUCAGCUUCUUUAAAUGUGGGCAGCUCCAUUUUCUUGAUUGCUACAACCUACAGAUUAGAGAAGAGGAGCAAUUUUGUAUGUUUUUCGAAAACUAGAGUGUCAUGUUUAACUGCUCUUUGUUCUGGUAUUUUACAUAAUAUAGGAACUAAAAUCGCUGAAGGUUUUUUAGAAUUAAAAUUGAAUGCAUUAGCUUUAUGUCUAUUUGGGAAAUUCAGAAUUCUAGCCUAAAUGCCAUUCAGAUCA